AUGGAUCUGAGGGACUGGAGAAAGGAGGAUUCAACUACUGAUUGGAAGUUCAUCACAUCAGAACACUCGUCAGAAAUUCUGAUUACCUCACUUGCAAGUGCUCGGACGCUAAGACCUUGUACAGUAUCAAGUCAACAUUACGAAGGUACUCAAUCUACUUGGUCAUGCUUCAGGUAUGAACCCCUAAAUCUCAUCACGCACCAACGCCUUCAUCUCGAUUCUCUCUCCACCAAAUUUCCUCGCUGCAAUAUCUGCCAAAUGAUAUAUGAAGAUCCAGUAACUGGAGCUGAUUUUGAAAAGCAAACCCUCACAACAACCACAGGGAAGCAUUUAAAAUAUGUAUCACCAAUUAUUGCUACAGGGUGUACAGCCUCAAGGUUCCCUGAAAAAUUGGUGGGCACUUGCCUGGGGUUCACUAUAUCCUUGAGUUGUCUCCUUCUGUCGCCAAGGACUUAUGCAAGAAGAGCAGAAGAGCAUAUGAUCCGUUUGUUCAGAUACAAAUCCAAAUUUCUCAGGAUUGCUUCCGGUGAGGUUCUGCAGCAGCGCAAAGCUACAUAUUUUCCAGAUCAGGACGAGAAGAAAGUUGAAGCAGCUCGAAGACAGCCUUUGCUUAAGGAGACCAUCUCGGCUGCAAAAGAAUCAGACGCAGUACCUCUUGGAGCCAUUGGAGGGGAUGAUUCACUUGCAUCAGAUGAGAAGGAAAUGCAAAAAUCAGAAGGAACUCCUGAUCCUCCGUCCACCAAAGCUACUCAAGCUUUUCAGUCAAAAAAACUACAGAACAUGCAUCUCCUCGAGAGCUUGGAUGAAGUCUCAACCUGGGUGGAUGUCAGAGUUGAGUAA